AUGACCGACACAAGUGAUUUUAAGCCCGAAACGUGGACGCAAUCUUCUAACGAACAUCUGAAGGUGUCACUGGUCGAUGGGGAUAAACCUGUGAUUCAGUUUUCACCUCAAUUCACGUAUCCUAUUUUUGGUACUGAUGAGACCAUUUUUGGGUUCAAAGAUCUUCUGAUCCAUUUGGCCUUUGACUCGGUUACUUUAACUCCAUUUGUGAACGUCAAGUUUAGUGCCAAAAUGGACGAUUCUGUAGACGAAAGGAAAGUUUUAGAUUCCUUAACCAGAGUUUUACCCGCUAAUGAUUACACGGUCAAGGACGAGUCGCAAUGGGUCAACAAAAUCGAAGCUGAAAGGAGGGUGUUUCAGCUACCUGAUGAGAAAUUCAAAGUAUGCGAGUAUACGUUAGACGGGGAGCAGUUUGUGGUCUACAAAUUAAAGUUGAGUGAAAGCGAUUAUUUCAAGAGGCUACACCGUAGAAUUCAGAUUUUCACUUUAUUGUUCAUUGAGGGCGCCUCAUACAUCGACGAAAACGAGCCCAACUGGGAGAUCUUUUGGGCCUUCAACAAAGAUACGCAUAAUUGCGUUGGGUAUGCUACCACUUAUAAAUACUGGUACUACGGGAGUGCCUCUGAGUUUGAUACAGAAAAGUCGCACCGUUACAGGUCUAAGAUAUCACAGUACAUCGUUUUACCCCCCUACCAGAGCAAGGGCCACGGUUCAAAACUAUACCAAAGCAUAUACACCACCUGGUUCCAAAACGUGCAAAUUGUUGAGGUCACCGUGGAGGAUCCUAACGAAGAAUUUGACGAUCUAAGGGAUCGUAACGACUUGAAGAUGCUCGAAGAGAACAAAUUUUUCGAAGCAUUGAACGAACAAACCCCUGUUGAAGGAUUCAUAGACGAUUCUUGGCUACAGAGAACCCGUACGCAGUUCAAGUUGGAAAAGCGACAAUUUUCGAGAUUGGUGGAGAUGUCGUUGCUACAUUUACAAAAGACUGAACUGUACUCGCUACAAGUCAAGAAGAGAUUAUACCAGAAAAACUAUGAGGCAUUGAUGGAAAUCCCUACUGCAGAAGAACAGAAGGCAGCCCUAACAACCUCUUUAGAAUCGUUGACAGAAGACUACGAACGGAUAUUGAAGCUGGCCCAUUUGAACUGA